AGUGUUCCUUUUAGUGGGAGUGGCCACACUCACUGUUCAAAGAGUGAACCUUGCCCCUUCAUACUUUCAGUUGUGUUUAAAACUCAACUCGGCUCCAGCAUGUAAGUGAGCCGUCGUCGUUGUUGUCAGGGAAACUAUGGCUGAGUUUAAAUAUUCCCGUGUGGACUUCAUCCUGACAUGUUUGGGUCUGGUGUUCCUAGUGGUGGACAUAGCACUGGACAUUAUUGCAGUAGUGUCUUUCUACCAGGAAAAGGAAUAUGUGAGCCUGGGGAUCCUUCUCUUCUUCCUGCUGGGCUCGUCCAUGCUCGUCCAGGCCUUCAGCUGGCUCUUCUACAGCUAUGAGAAUCUAAAGAGGUUCACAAAGGUGGAGAAAAGUCUGAGCCUGUUUCAGCUCAGGCUCCUGCAUGUGUUCCAGCUGGGGAUCUAUAUCAGGCACGCGGGCGUCAUAGAGAUGUCCUUCUACAGCUUCUUCACGAAGGUCUGCAACCCGGAGGGAUUUGCGGUGUUCCUGAGCCACGACCUCAGCAUACUGCGGUUGAUAGAGACGUUCUCGGAGAGCAGCCCUCAGCUCGUGCUCAUGCUAACCAUCAUUGUGCAGCGCGGCGAGCUCGACCCCGUGACAGUGCUGAAGGCCAUAGGGUCAGCUUUUGCUGUCGCCCUCAGUGUGACCAUGUACCACCGCUCCCUACGCUGCUUCCUGCCCAAUAAGCAGAACCAGGGGUGGAAGUCUUCGAUGAUGUACUUCGUGUGGAAUGUGUUACUCAUCUCGUCUCGCCUCGUUGCCCUCGCACUCUUCGCCUCCGUGUUGCCCUGCUUCAUCUUUACCCACUUCCUUUGCUCGUGGUUGGUUUUGUUCUUCUUAGCCUGGCGAUGCAAGAUGGAUUUCAUGGACUCCACCGCUGGAGAGUGGCUCUUCAGAGCCACGGUGGGCCUCAUAUGGUACUUCACCUGGUUUAACGUAGUCGAGGGGGGGACGAGGUUCAGGACUACGCUCUACCACGGCUACAAACUGCUUGACAUUUUCCUUCUCUGCAGCCUGUGGUGCUGGAAGACGAGCACAUUAACAUCAAUCCUGUGUGCCAUCUGUGUUGUUGCCGUUUACAUCCUUGGUCUGGUUUUCAAAGUGAUAUACUAUAAAUUCUGCCACCCAAACCUCACCAAAAAGGCAUUAACGGGGGUCACUGAAAAUGGUGAUGAGGUGGACUCAGCGUUAAGACAGGGAGUCACGUCAAGGACUUUUAUCGAGGAGGGACCUUUAGAAGCCACAGGCGUCGCAGAACCCCCCAGCACCGUACACUGCAAUAAAAGAAUGAGGAAGUUGGCCGUGAAUUUCUAUGCCUGACCUGGAUGACUCAGAAGGUCACACAUGACGUGUGGUUACAAAGACAUGGAGUCACACGGGUGUCUGACAACAUGCCUGCGUAAUCUCCCUGAUCACAGGACACGACCUCCACCCUGAUGAACCACAGAUACAGACUCGACUGACGUUCAAGUGGAGACACUUUAUCCUCAUAUGCACUUUCUAUGACAAGGUGCGACCCCUUUUCAAAAUCUAUAUUUAAUAUAAUUAAAACGAUACUCUUUUCACAUUGCCUAGUGGAAAGGGAACUUGGGCUUGUAACUGGACAGUUGCUGGUUCUCUAUAAUCGGUCAAAUUAGUUGUGCGUGAACAUUUCAGACCAACAACUGUGUCAUGUUCAGAGUCAAUGUUUCCCAAACUUUCUGUAUAUGAACCCAACUUUUUAAGAUGGCCAACAAUCGUGACCCAAAUCACAACAUCAUCAUGAGAGCAAAUUUGUGAUCAUAAUCUGUAACAUCUAAAAAUGUUAAUUAAUAAUGUUAAUUUUUUAAACAAUUCUGCAUGUUAUUUUAAACAUUCACUCAUUGAUUUUAACUAACCCUAAACAAAUCCACAGUGACCCAUCUGUGGGUCCUGACCCAGUCUUUGGGAACCAAUGACUUGAAACCACAUUUAUUGUCACAGUCAGAAAUUCAAGUAACCAGUGAGACGACAUUUUUGACUUUACUGGAACAAUUUUGGAACUUCUACGUCAUUCUUAAGCUUUUUAUUUUCCCAUUAAUCGACUCCUUUUGUUCAGCUUCUUAAACAUGAAUAUUUCCUGGCUUCUUUGCUCCGUAUGACAAAGAAAUCGUUAAAAAUUAAUAAUAAAUAAUAAAAGGUUUGUGGACAAAACAAAGACACUUGAGAACAUCAUUACUCCAGGCAAAUUAAUUGAUUAUGAAAAUAAUCGUUAGUAACAAACAACAAACAAGAUUGCGUCUGAAACUCUAAAAUUUAUUUACAUUGAACCGAGUGUUUGGUUCACAACAUGACUGUGAAAAUAGUGACGCGUGGAGUUAAAUAAGCAGAGAUUAUGACGAUAACAGCUCAGCUCCUAACAUGACUCAGCGUAUCCUCACGGGUCCUUGAAGAUGAGAUGAAACACUUAGACAGCAUUGUGAGUUAUUUGGCAUCAGAAAGAAAAAAGCAAACACGUUUGAAGAAUUUUUCGCCCCUUGAAUAUUGCGUGGUUUGUUUUUCUAAUGGACGAUUAAUGCUUUAAAAAAAAAAAAAACUAAAAGAGCAUCAGAGGUGUCAACCUCGCGGCCUGCAUGAUGCCAUGUGACCCAAAUCGUAAUAUAAAUCAUGACGAGCAACAAGCAACUUAAAGCCUAAUGCAGCGACUAAUGUGUAUCAUCUAAAAUUUCGGAAAGGUCUAUGAAUAACUUCCAAUUAGACGUUUAAUUACAACUUAAUUUCAUCCCUGUCAUUUUAAACGUAUACUUGUAGAUUUCAACUAAAAGGUUGGGGGGCCCCCCAACAACAAUGUUCUGCGACCCAUCCGUAGGUCCCAACCUAGUCUUUGGGAACAACUGACUUCGAUGACUUUAUUUAUGGAUAAUUUUGAAUCAUAAAUGUGUUUUUAUAUCAAAAACACUAUUAUUUUGGAAAAUCUGUGGAAAUAUUGUCACAAACGUAGUUUUUUGUGAUAUGAUAUAAGUUUACGCCGUAAUUACCCAACCCGACCGAAAAAUUCGAUUUUUCUUCACUUGAUAGACGACCUACUGACCAGACUAGAUGCUCAGUGGCCCACAGGUCACUUGAGUUUACACAGUCCCAAAAAAACUCGCCUUCCUCUGACAUCACCUGACCUGCAUUUAAAAAAAGAAAAAGAAAAAAAAGAUACCAUGUAUAAUUACAGAUCACGAUUGUCUCUAAGCGAUACAGCGUUGUCACCGCAACAACAAAAACGCAAGCUCCUUUUAAAAAAGAGCAAAUAAAAAGCAAAGAUUUUUGUUUUAAAGAAAUUAUAUAUGUAAAAAGAAAUAAAUUGGGAUUAUCUAUUCUUGAAAAAACGCAGAGAAAAUCAACAGAAAGCUUUUCUUUUUUUUUCCAGAGACCUUUUUAAAUACAGUGCAUACAGGAUAGUUCAAUCAAAAAAAAAAGUCUAACAUAACAAAAAAAAGGGGUUAAAAGAAGAUAACACUUUGGAUAAUAUAACAACGCAGUGAUAAAUGUUUUCAACAAAAACUCUUACGUUUUUUUUCCCUUAAACGUGGUGGUUAAAAGGCACGAUAUAAAUACAAACAGUCACACACACGCACACACAACAGAAAUACACAUUCGUAACGGUCAAGCUGCAUAUUAUAGGUAAAAUACCGAAAAACAAA